AAUACAUCUUGAAAUAUUAAUCAAAGUUCAUGCAGUUCGAAUGUCGAAAAGCGAAAACUAUCAUAUAAAUUAAAAUUGAGGAAUGGAGUAUAUCAAAUUGCCCUUAAAUCUGUCCUAAGUCACAAGAUUGCCACCAGAUUCCUCCAUUAACUAGCACUAGCAUAACAGAACACACGCUUAUCAGCACAAACCUCUGUAAAAUCAUAUCAAUGCCCCUUUUCGUCUUUUCUUAAAAACUCCAAUCCACUCGAAGCUUAUUUGAAUUGAAUUUAGAUCGUAACUUCUUCAAUCCGAAAAUCGAAUUUUUUAUUACCCAAUCCGACUUUGUCCUAAACCACUCCAUUAACUGCCAUAGCAGCACAGAAGCAAUAAGCACAACCUCUGUAAAAUGAAUAACCCAAUCAUGUCCUUCCAUAUAGUCAUCAUACUCUUAUUAUCCAUGCCCCUUUUCGUCUUUUCACUCGGAACAUGCAACAGCCCACCAGUCAACCCGCUAACACUCCAAACCGAUCAACUAACAGUCCUAAUCAACGGCUACUCCGAACACCGCAUCCCACUCCUCCAAUCAAUCGCCGCCACGUAUGCCGCCGCUUCCUCCGUCGCCGCCGUCGUCAUCCUCUGGGGAAACCCUACUACUCCGCCGCAAAUCCUCUCAAAUCUAACCGAAUCCCUUGCCACGUCAUCAACUCCGAUCUCUAUACUCCGUCAACGUUCGUCAAGCCUAAACCUCCGUUUCUACCCACACAAAUCGAUCACUACACGUGCGGUGCUUAUUUGUGAUGACGACAUCGAACCCGACCCGGAAUCCGUGAACUUUGCGUUUAAUGUGUGGAGAUCCGACCCGGAUAGGUUAAUAGGGUUCUUUGUGAGGUCACAUAGCUAUGAUUUGAGUCAGAAAUCGUGGAUUUACACUAUGGAAAACAGCAAGUAUUCGAUCGUGUUGACGAAAUUCAUGAUCCUGAAACUACAGUACCUCCACGAAUACACAUGCAACAAAGAAUACGCAAAACUGAGGGCAAAAGUGGAAGAAAAGAACAACUGCGAGGACAUACUGAUGAAUUUUGUGGUGGCGGAGGAGGUACGAAAAGGGCCAAUUUUGGUGGGUGCGAGGAGAGUGAGGGAUUGGGGAGAUGCGAGGAACGAAGGUGGGGAAAUGAAGGAAAGGGAAGUGGGUUUGAGUAGUAGAAAAAGGGAGCAUAGGAAGAGAAGAGGAGAAUGUAUUGCUGAGUUUCAUAGGUUAUUGGGGAAGAUGCCAUUGAGGUAUAGUUAUGGGAAAGUGGUGGACUCCAUUGGAGAACAAGGUCUAUGUGAGAAAGGUGGCAAGUUAGUGUAUUGUGAUAGGCAGAUUUUCAGAUGAAAUGAAGGAAUUUCCAAUUUUCAUUUCAUUUUCUUUUCUAUUUUUUCAAUAAUGUAGAAGUCAACAAAGAUUUAGCAACUGCCUGUUUGCUGUGAAGCUUAUUGAACAAGACGACAUAGAGUUUUUUCUAAGGAAAUUAUUGAAGAAUGCAGAUACCUAUUUGAAGUCAACAGAGCAACUAUUACCCACUUUUGGAGAGAGGCAAUCAGUGCACAAAUUAGUUGGCAAAUGAAGGUCACGGACAUGUCGAAGAUUUUAUGGCUUGGAAGAAUGCAAUCAAGGAAAUAGAGUUUUGCUCCUGGCAGAUUUAAGUUGUGUAGCAUAUGAACGAGCUUAGAUCACUUUAGUACUUUACAAUACCCUCAGGGAAUACAAAUGCAACAAAGAAUACACUGAUUUGAGGGCAAAAGUGAAAGAAAUGAACAACUGCGAGGACAUACUGAUGAACUUUGUAGUAGCGGAGGAGGUGAAAAAGGGUCCGAUUUUGGUGGAUGCGAAGAGGGUGAGGGUUUUGGGAGAUGCAAGGAACGAAGGGGGGGAAAUGGAGAAGAAAAAGGAGAGGUGAGUGGGUUUGAACAGUAGAAAAAGAGAGCAUAGGAAGCGAAGAGGAGAAUGUAUUGCUGAGUUUCAUGGGUUAUUGGGGAAGAUGCCAUUGAGGUAUAGCUAUGGGAAAGUGAUGGAUUCCAUUGGAGAAUAAAGUCUUGUGAGAAAGGUGGCAACUUGGUGUAUUGUGAUGAGCUGAUUUCAGAUGAUAAUGAAGGAACUUUGCAAUUCUCAUUUUGUCAAAUUUUCUUUCAUUUUGUAUUUCUUUUUCAAUAAUGUAAAAGUUGAAAAAUACGUUGUACUGUUGCUGAUUGUUCAAAGCAUGACUUCUUCUUGAAUGAGAUCAAA